UUUAUAACAUUUCCAUAAAAUUUGAAUUUAUACCCUUUAUUUCUUUCUCUUGCAUGAUUGCCCUGGCUAGAACUUCCAGUACUAUACUGAAUAUGAGCACACCAAUAAUAGACAGAGAGCCAAGUCAAAAGUGAACUCCCAUUCAUAAUUACUGCAAAGAGAAUAAAAUGCCUAGGAAUACAACUAAAAAGGUUGUAAAGAAUCUCUUCAAGGAGAACUACUCACCACUGCUCAAUAAAAUAAGAGAGGACAUAAACAGACGGAAAAACAUUCCAUGCUCAUGGUUGGGAAGAAUCAACAUCGUGAAAAUGGCCCUACUGCCCAAAGUAAUCUAUAUAUUUAAUGCUAUCUCCAUCAAGCCAGCAAUGACCUUCUUCACAGAACUGGAAAAAAACCACUUCAAACUUCAUAUGGAACCGAAAGAGAGUCUGCAUAGCCAAAACAAUCCUAAGCAAAAAGAACAAAGCUGGAGGCAUCACGCUGCCUGACUUAAAACUAUAUCACAAGGCCACAGUAAUCAAAACAGCAUGGUAGUGGUACCAAAACAGAGACAUAGACCAAUGAAACACAACAGAGGCCUCAGAAGCAAUGCCACACAUCUACAACCAUCUGAUCUUUGACAAACCUUACAAAAACAAGCCAUCGGGAAAGGAUUCCCUGUUUAAUAAAUGGUGUUGGGAAAACUGGCUAGCCAUGUGCAGAAAGCAGAAACUGGACCCCUUCCUGAUACCUUACACUAAAAUUAAUUCCAGAUUGAUUAAAGAUCUAAACAUAAGACCUAACACCAUAAAAACCUUGGAAAAAAACCUAGGCAAAACCAUUCAGGACAUAGGCAAGGACUUCAUGACUAAAAUACCAAAAGCAUUGGCAACAAAAGCCAAAAUAGACAAAUGGGAUCUAAUUAAACUCCAGAGCUUCUGUGCAGCAAAGGAAACAAUUAUUAGAGUAAACUGGCAACCAACGCAAUGGGAAAAAGUUUUUGCAAUCUACCCAUCUGACAAAGGGCUAAUAUCCAGAAUCUCCAAAGAACUGAAACAGAUUUAUAAGAAACAAACAAACCCAUUCAAAAGUGGGCAAAGGAUAUGAACUGACACUUUGAAAAAGAAGACAUAUGUGAGGCCAAGAAACAUGAAAAAAUGCUCAUCAUCACUGGUCAUUAGAGAAAUGGAAAUCAAGGCUACAUUGAGAUACUGUCUCACACCAGUUAGAAUGGCAAUCAUUAAAAAUCUGGACACAACAGAUGCUGGAGAGGAUGUGGAAAAAUAGGAACACUUUUACACUGUUGGUGGGAGUGUAAAUUAGUUCAACCUGUGUGGAGGAUAGUGUGGCCAUUCCUCAAGGACCUAGAAAUAGAAAUACCAUUUUGACCCAGCAAUUCCAUUACUGGGUAUAUACACAAAUAAUUAUAAAUUGUUCUGCUAUAAAGACACAUGCACAUGUAUGUUCAUUGUGGCACUGUUUGCAAUAGCAAAGACCUGGAACCAACCCAAAUGUCCAUCAUCAAUAGACUGGAUAAAGAAAAUGUGGCACAUACACACCAUGGAAUACUACACAGACAUAAAAAGUGUUGAGUUCAUGUCCUUCAUAGGGACAUGGGUGAAUCUGGAAACCAUCAUUCUCAGCAAACUGACACAAGAACAGAAAACCAAACACCGUAUGUUAUCACUCAUAGCUGGGUGUUGAACAAUUAGAACAUGUGGACACAGGGAGGGGAGCAUCACUCACUGUGGUCAGUAAGCGGGCACUAGAGGAGGGACAUCAGGGGUGGGGAGAGUGGGGAGGGAUAAUGAGGGGAGAAAUACCAGAUAUAGGUGAUGGGGGGAUGAAGGCAGCAAACCACCUUGCCGUAUAGGAAUGUUAUUAGUUCUUAUAUGCUCAUUUCAGUAUUAAUUUUUCAAACUUUUCCCCAGUCUCUGGAGCCUAAGCAUUUAAGGUCAACUUACCUGUCCUCAAAAGAGUCAACGAUGUUAUCUUUGACUACAUUUUGUGAUCUCUACAGUACAUAUGGAAGGGUCAAAGUUUCUAAUAUGACAAUCCGGGUAAAGUCUAAACAGCAUUUAUGGCAAGCUGUCUUCACUAAAAUCAGCUCAUUGCAGCAAUGGCUUGGACUAGAUCCACUUGCAUUCUCUCUUUUACCUUGUUUUUUGCCCACAUAGCAGCUGUAUCGAUUAAGUAUCUUCCUAAAGAAAAUGUACAUGAUGCAGAUUUUGGUGAACAGAAGGAUAUUUCAGAAAUCAAUUUAGCUGCAGGCUUGGACCUCUUUCAAGGGGACAUCCUCUUGCGGAACUCCAGAAAUGGCCUGAGAGACCCAAACAGCAGGUGGACAUUCCCCAUUCCUUACAUUUUGGCUGAUAAUUUGGGGCUGAAUGCUAAAGGAGCCAUUCUGUAUGCCUUUGAAAUGUUCCGCCUUAAGUCCUGUGUGGAUUUCAAGCCCUAUGAAGGAGAGAGCUCAUAUAUCAUAUUUCAACAGUUUGAUGGGUGCUGGUCUGAGGUUGGUGACCGACACGUGGGACAGAAUCUUUCCAUUGGCCAGGGAUGUGACUAUAAGGCCAUCAUAGAACACGAGAUCCUGCAUGCUUUGGGAUUUUACCACGAGCAGUCAAGGACUGACCGCGAUGAUUAUGUGACCAUCUGGUGGGACGAAAUUCUUCCAGGUUUUGGAGUACAUGUGCAGAGCAUGCAAUACAGUUGCAUAGGUUACCAGCACAACUUUAACACCUACAAUGACAGCUUUAUAACAGACCUCAAUACACCCUAUGAUUAUGAGUCUCUGAUGCACUACGCGCCUUUCUCAUUUAACAAGAAUGCAAGUGUUCCCACCAUCACAGCCAAGAUCCCUGAAUUUAACUCCAUUAUUGGACAGCGCCUGGAUCUCAGUGACAUUGAUUUAGAGAGGCUGAACCGAAUGUACAAUUGCACCACAACUCAUACUCUUUUGGACCUCUGUACUUUUGAGAAGGCAAACAUCUGUGGGAUGAUUCAGGGCACCAGAGAUGACACUGACUGGGUCCGUAACGACAGUGCUCAGGCUGGAGAAGUGGAUCACACCUUGGUGGGACGAUGCACAGGUGCCGGCUACUUCAUGCAGUUCAGCACCAGCUCGGGGUCAGCAGAAGAGGCAGCCCUACUGGAGUCUCGGAUUCUUUACCCAAAGAGGAAGCAGCAGUGCCUGCAAUUUUUCUAUAAAAUGACAGGAAGCCCGUCAGACAGACUCAUUGUCUGGGUCAGGAGGGAUGACAGCACAGGCAAUGUUCGCAAGCUGGUCAAGGUGCAGAGUUUUCAAGGAGAUGAUGACCAUAACUGGAAAAUUGCCCAUGUGGUGCUCAAAGAAGAACAGAAGUUUCGCUACGUUUUCCAGGGCACAAAAGGUGACCCUCAGAACUCAACUGGGGGAAUUUACCUGGAUGACAUCACUCUGACUGAAACCCCCUGCCCCACAGGGGUCUGGACAGUCCGGAAUUUCUCCCAAGUCCUUGAGAACAUCAGCCCAGGAGACAAGCUGCAGAGCCCUCGAUUCUACAAUUCAGAGGGAUAUGGUUUUGGGUUAACUUUAUACCCCCGUGGCAGAGCAAGCUCCGGCAGCUCUGGCUACUUGGGACUUUCUUUUCACCUGUGCAGUGGGGAGAAUGAUGCUAUCCUGGAGUGGCCAGUAGAAAACAGACAAGUGAUAAUGACCAUCCUCGACCAGGAGCCCGAUGUCAGGAAUAGGAUGUCCUCAAGCAUGGUGUUCACUACGUCCAAGUUGCACACAUCUCCAGAGAUAAACAACACUGUCAUCUGGGACAGGCCGUCCAAGGUGGGAACCUAUCAUACGGACUGUAAUUGUUUUAGAAGCAUCAGCUGGGGCUGGAGUGGUUUCAUCUCACACCAAAUGCUAAAAAGGAGGAGUUUCCUGAAAAAUGAUGAUCUCAUCAUGUUUGCGGACUUUGAAGAUAUCACCCACCUUGAGAAGACUGAAGUUCCCAUUAAAGACAAAAGGCUGAGCCCCCAAGGCUUCAUUCUCCAAGAGCAGAAACAGCAGGUCUCCAAAGAAGGUUCGGGAAAGGUCGUGAUAGAAGAAGCCCUACCUGUCAGCCUGAGCCAGGGGCAGCCCAGCCGACAGAAGCGGUCAGUGGACAACAUGGGCCCCCUAGAGGAGCACAACUGGCCACAGUACUUCAGAGACCCAUGUGAUCCAAACCCUUGCCAAAAUGAUGGCAUCUGUGUGAAUGAGAAGGGGAUGGCAAGCUGCAGGUGCAUCUCUGGACAGGCUUUCUUCUACACGGGGAAACACUGUCAGGCCAUGCAGGUGCACAGCAGUGUCCUGAGCCUGGUGAUUGGAGGCACGGCUGGCGUGAUCUUCUUGAUCUUCUCCAUCAUCACCAUCCUUUCCCAAAAGCCAAGGAAGUGACCUGCCUGCUGGCAUGUGCGAGACCACAGAAGCACCACCUCCAUACAGGGCCUCCUUUCCCACCAUCAGUGCAGUUUGAGGCAGCUUUUUUUUUAAUCAGCCUUGCUUUGGAUAGGACCUCCAAGGACUAAGGCCUCCAGCCCCAUGUGUAACCCUUGUCAUGUUUAUGUCCCACAUAAUUCUGUUAUCCUGCUUUAUGCUCCUAAUGUAUCUAGUGUGACAACACUCAUCACAUUUCAUUGUAAAUCACUUGUUUGAUUGCCUGUCUUUCCCAUAGACUGUAAGCUCCAUGUGGGCAGGCACAUGUCAUCUUCACUGACCAUGCUAGCUUAAGUGUCUAGACACAUGGCUGGCACAUUGUAGGCACUCAGCAAAGAUUUAAUGAGUAAAACAAAAGAAUGAAUAAGAUAUAGAAAAUCUCAUUUCUAUCUCAGAUCAAAUAUGUAUAAUGAAAUCAAAUACUCACUUUUCAUUAGACACAUUAGUGUCAUUAUUCUUUUAAGAUCUUGUUAAAGAUUUCAAAUAAAGGUUCUUCUAGGCAGUCAUGUUUCACAGCAUUUGCUUUCCUCUGUGAUUCUAAGAGAAGGCCUUUAAUAAAUUUAAUAAAUAUUGAGUUAGCACCUUC